UACUUAAAUAUUAACCGGUAAGCCUCGUUAAAGCUGUCUUUGACCAAAAGUCAAUCGUACUUUCGUACUCGAAAAAUUUUGCAGCCAAGUAUCAUCAUCAACUUUACGCUGCUACAAAAUGCCGCUAUCAAAACAAGAGUCUUUGAACCUGCGUCAGAAACUUAUUGGAGAAUCAUGCCAACUGUUUUUCCGACAAAACCCCUUGAAAAUCGUCAGGGCUAAGGGGCAGUAUAUGUAUGACGAAAAGGAUGAUUCGUAUUUGGACUGCAUUAACAAUGUUGCCCAUGUUGGGCAUUGUCAUCCAAAAGUGGUCAAAGCUGGAAGUGAGCAGAUGGCUUCACUAAGUACAAACAAUCGCUAUCUCCACGACAACAUUCUUCUCUGCGCUCAAAGAAUUCUGAGCACGAUGCCAGACGAAUUGUCAGUAUGUUAUUUCGUCAAUUCUGGCUCAGAAGCUAACGAUUUAGCGCUGAGAUUGGCCCAAAUACACACCGGAAAUAAGGACGUGAUCGCUUUGGAACAUGCUUACCAUGGCCAUUUGACUUCACUGAUUGAUAUUUCUCACUACAAAUUUAACCUACCUGGUGGAGUUGGACAAAGAGACCACGUCCAUGUGGCUCCUUUACCUGAUUCUUACAGAGGUAAAUAUCGUGACUCUGAGUAUCCAAAGGAAAACAUAGGUCACGCAUAUGCCGACGAUGUUCGCGAAAUUUGCCAGAAAGUUCAAGAGAAAGGAGAUGGAGUAUGUGCCUUCAUAGCAGAAAGUCUUAUAAGCUGCGGAGGUCAAGUCAUUCCACCCAAAAAUUAUUUCAAUGAGGUUUACGACAGUGUCAGGAGUGCUGGAGGAGUGUGCAUCGCUGAUGAAGUCCAGGUUGGCUUCGGAAGGAUAGGAAAGCACUGGUGGGCUUUCCAACAGUACGACGUAGUUCCUGAUAUCGUUACCAUGGGCAAACCUAUGGGAAAUGGGCAUCCUGUAGCUUGCGUCGUUACCACCAGAGAAAUAUCAAAGAGUUUUACUCAGACAGGAGUGGAAUAUUUUAAUACGUAUGGUGGUAAUCCAGUUUCUUGCGCCAUAGCAAACGCAGUAUUCGACACGAUAGAAGAUGAAAAUCUAAGAGAAAAUGCCGUCGUUGUUGGCGAAUAUUUACUGGAUAACUGUCAGUUAUUAGGCAAGAAACACAAAUGCAUAGGUAACGUCAGAGGUGUUGGUCUUUUCGUUGGAAUUGAUCUAGUGAAAGACAGAACAACUAGGGAACCUAACACGGAGUGUGCCAAAUUUGUAUUACAAAGGAUGAGGGAAGAACAUAUUCUCAUCAGUCUCGAUGGACCUCACGGCAACAUCAUUAAGUUCAAGCCCCCAAUGGUCUUCACCAAAGAAAAUGUCGAUGAAGUAGUUUCUACGUUAGACAGAGUAUUCAAAGAAUGGAGACACCAAGAAGAAUUAUAUGAUGUUAACACCCACAAACCAUCGAUACAUGUUGGAGAAAGUACAAAAACUACAAAGGAACACAGACCUAUGGGAUCCUUAUUCAAGGAUUCGAAUAUUAAGUCUAUUUAAAACGUUAAGUUACAAUAAUUUAAAUCAAAUUAACAUUCAAAAAUAGAUACUUCAUUUAUUUACAACAUCCAUUCACAUAAUUAGGCAAAUUUAAGUCUUAGCACUAAAUGAUAAAUUUAGAUUCUAAUUUGAAAAUUAUUAAAUAAUGAAUGGAUGUCUAAUAGUAUUUAAUUUAUGUUAAGAUUAUUGUAUAAAAUUGUAGUAUUAACAUUACUGAAAAAAAAAUCAAGAAAUUUCAAAAACAGUAAUUUCUUAAUUGUAUCUAGUGUUUUUUCAUGUAAAUAUUUAUUUUUUACUUUUAAUUUUGCACUAUUUAACUUUUUGUUACAUUUAUCAUAGGUAAAACAAAAGAAGAGAGUAUUAUAAUGCAUUCUAGAUUAAGUCUAAUGUAUAAUUUCGACAUAUGACAAUGUGUGAGGGAUUAUUAUCGAUGUUUUAAUUGAUAAAAAUAUAUGUAUAUAUUUUUAUAGAAA